UUCAGGUUUGAUCUCUGAGCUGGAAGCGGAGAGUCAGUUUUUGUGGACAGCCAAGCGUUUGAGUGUUAAAGGUUCUGAUCCCGGAGGUCAUGAUGAAGGUCCUGAUGAUCCUGAUGAUCCUGGGAAUACAGGAGGCGGCAGCAGUGACCCACUCUAUGAAGUAUUUCUUCACUGGAUCCUCUCAAGUACCAAACUUCCCAGAGUUUGUGGUUAUUGGGCUGGUUGAUGAUGUUCAGAUGUUUUACUAUGACAGCGACACGCAGAAAGUGGAGCCCAAACAGGACUGGAUGAAUAAAGUCACAGCAGAGGAUCUACAGUACUUGGAGAGCAACACUGGAAAUUUUCUGGGUACCCAGCAGUUUUUCAAAGCCAGCAUUGACACUUUAAAGCGUCGCUUCAACCAAACUGGAGGUGCUCACACUUUUCAGCUGACGUCCGGCUGUGAGUGGGAAGAAGAGAAUAAUGAACUGAACGGCUAUGAGCAGUUUGGUUAUGAUGGAGAGGACUUCAUAUCAUUUGACUUGAAGAGAGAGACGUGGAUCGCUUCUAAUCAGCAGGCUGUCAACACCAAACACAGCUGGGAGAGUAACAAGGUUAUCACUGCACAGAGGAAGAUCUACCUCACCCAUAUCUGUCCUGAGUGGGGCAAGAAGCUCCUGAACUAUGGGAGGAGCUCUCUGAUGAGAACAGUUUCUGAUUUACUUUAUUCCUCAGUCCUUCCCUCAGUGUCUCUCCUCCAGAGGUCUUCCUCCUCUCCCAUCACCUGCCACUCUACAGGUUUCUAUCCUCACAGAGCCGAGAUGUUCUGGAAGAAAGAUGAGGAGGAGCUUCAUGAAGGUGUGCACAAAGGAGAGAUCUUCCCCAACCAUGACGGGACCUUCCAGAUGAGUGUUGAUCUGAACCUUUCAGCAGUUGGAUCUGAGGACUGGGACAGGUACAGCUGUGUGUUUCAGCUCUUAGGUGUGAACGAGGACAUCACCACCAAACUGGACAAAGCAGGAAUCAGGAGCAAUGAAGGAGGUUCCCUCGCCAUUAUCGUCCCUGUGGUUGUUGCUGUGGUCGUUCUUGCUGUGAUCGGAUUCAUUAUUUACAAAAAGAAAACAGACAAAUGUUCCCCGCCUCCUGUGGAGAACCCUGAAGUUCAGGAACAAAUGCUUCCUACAGGCUGAAGGACCAACAGCUCCUCUGCACUCAGUUUAUGGAUAAAUGCACUGAAACACGAGGCGGAGCCUCGUUCUCCAUAAACUGGAACAUCACCGAAUAUUCAGGAAAUGAUGGAACUUUGGGAAAUCUGGUUGCAGAUGAUUAUUAUUAAUCAAUAUUUAAGGGAAAUAAGUUUGAGUCCCAAAUGUUUAACAAAUACAUCAUAUCUGGAUCAUGUCUGCGCACACCUGGAAAAAAAAAAUCAACUUUAAACAAUAAUGAAAAUAUUUUUAUAGCUACAGAGUUAAACCUGUGUGAGUGAUCAUUACUAAUAAAGAUUAUCUUAUCAUCUUAAACAGAUCCACUAUAUUUACAGUUUAGUGUUCUUGGUGUGGGGUUUCCUCAUAAAUCAAUGCAUCAAUAAUAAAAAAAAUGUGGACAUCCAUAAA